AGGAGUUGGAUUUUUCAUAGUGAUGUGUUGUGUAAACACAAUAGGGAACCUGCGAUGGUUAGACAUCAACCUGUUUUUUAAUCUACUGUUAAUUCUAGGCUUCUCAAAAAUUCCGUCCUUCGCGUCUGCUCAGCGGGUUAUUUUGGCCUUUGUCUAGUCCCUUAAUAAACAAAACAUGGAUAGUGAGGUGUCAGACCAACCUUCCGGACCAGAGAUGAGUCUGACCCGAGAAAAUGCACCGGUUUAUUGUAUUUGUCGUAAACCAGAUAUCAAUUGCUUCAUGAUUGGUUGUGACAGCUGCAAUGAGUGGUUUCAUGGCGACUGCAUUAAUAUAUCAGAAAAAAUGGCAAAAUCAAUUAGAGUGUGGUAUUGUGAGAAAUGUCGCAAUAAAGACGACUCUUUAGAGAUCAAAUAUCGUCCCAGGAAGAGUCGGGAGAAAGAAAUUGAGUCAGACGGAAUGGAGAAGCAACUUGACCACGGCACGCCAGAUUUUAAAGUUGAUCGUCGGCGCGGCUCACGGAUUAAGCGCUCAGCACGCAUGUGUGGGGAGUGCGAGCCCUGCAGACGGACAGAGGAUUGCGCACAGUGUGACUUCUGUAAAGACAUGAAGAAGUUCGGCGGGCCCAACAAGAUCAGACAAAAGUGUCGGCUCAGGCAGUGUGAAGUACGCGCCCGGAAAAUGCUGCGUGUGAAGGAGGAUGAAUAUUCCACAUAUAAAGACGUGGAGCUGCUCCAUGAAGAUGGCGGCCUGUCAGACGACUACAGCGAGAAUGAACUGGAGCUGUACCAGCAAUACCGUGCUGGCAGAUACGGAGACCACGGCUGGAACAGUGAUGAGGAUGAUGGUCCAUACCUUGAUCCUGCCAUGCGAAAAAGAGCAGUGAAGGUGAAACAUGUGAAGAGGAGGGAAAAGCGCUCAGAGAAAAAGAAAGAGGAGAAUAAGUCCCGCAAACACAAGCCGAAACAAAAGCAUCGGGACAAGGUAAGGCACAGUGAGAGGACUGAGCCUCGAGACAGUGGUGGCACCAGGCAGUGUCUCGGGCCGAGCUGCGUGGAGGCAGCACGGCCUAACUCCAAGUACUGCUCUGACGACUGCGGCAUGAAACUCGCCGCCAACCGGAUCUAUGAGAUCCUCCCCCAACGCAUCCAGCAGUGGCAGCAGAGCCCCUGUAUUGCUGAGGAGCAGGGAAAGAAGCUUCUAGAACGCAUCCGUCGAGAGCAGCAGCUGGCCCGCUUGAGGCUCACCGACAUGGAGAAGCGCUUUCACGAGCUGGAGGGCAUCAUUGCUAAAGCAAAGCAGCAGGUCGUGCAGCAUGAUGAAGAGGUCAACGAGGGAGAUGAUGACACAGACCUCCAGAUUUUCUGUGUGUCCUGCAGUCACCCAGUCAACCCUAAGGUGGCACUGCGCCAUAUGGAGAGAUGUUAUGCUAAGUAUGAGAGUCAGACAUCUUUUGGUUCUAUGUAUCCCACACGAAUAGAUGGUGCAACACGGCUGUUCUGUGAUGUGUACAAUCCUCAAAGCAAAACUUACUGUAAGAGGCUUCAAGUUCUCUGUCCCGAGCACUCCCGAGAUCCCAAGGUACCGGCGGACGAGGUGUGCGGGUGUCCACUGGUGCGCGACGUCUUUGAGCCCACGGGGGAGUACUGCCGAGUGUCAAAGCGCAAGUGCAACAAACACUACUGCUGGGAGAAGCUGCGCAGGGCAGAGGUGGACCUGGAGCGCGUGCGUGUGUGGUACAAGUUGGACGAGUUGUUCGAACAGGAGCGAAACGUCAGAACGGCCAUGACGAAUCGCGCGGGGCUCCUCGCGCUCAUGCUGCAUCAGACUAUUCAGCAUGACCCGCAUUCUACGGACCUGCGUAGCGGCAAGGACAGAUAGCCAGGAAGGUCUCCUUGGCCUUUUUUAAGGAGACACGUAGGAUGAUGUUCUGAAAGCGUAAUGUUUGCCGAGCUAUUAUUGGUGCAUCACGGACUAUGAAAUCUUACUGCGUGCGUCCACACUGAUUGUGACGGUGUAUUUCUACAUCCACAUCAACUCAUCUUAUUAUAGUUUGCUACGGUUUUAAAAAUUUUAACGUACUUAUCUCUGGUAGUGGUCGGAGAACAAUGACCGUCCAUCUAUCUCAUGUAACUUCGUGCCAUAGCAACAAAGAUAUCUCGUACUUUGAAAUAAAAGUUUAUCGUAUGCCCGCCA